CGAUCAGUACCUUUGUAUGUCUUCCCAGAUGGUCUAGAGAAAAAGAAGAGGAUAACAAUUGGAGAUGGGAGACUCAUACCACCUCAAGGAGUCAAUGGAUAAAAAUACUUCAACACCAACGUAUUGACGAUGAGGUUGGUUUUUUAUAUACAUGCGCAUAUAUAUGAAAAAUGUUGAAAUUCUUCUUUCAGUUCUGUCACGUGUUAGGUCACGAGAUAGAAAGAAGAGGAUAGUGAAGAGGUAGUUCUAUCUUUUGUGAAAUAAAUAAGAUGAGAUUUAAAACUGCUGCAUUAUUAAUUAGAAUUUUGAUUGGAAAGUUGUUGCUCCCAGAAUAUAUUAUGAAAUCUUCUUAGAAUUAUUGCUCAAAAAGUCGAUCAAUUACUUUUUCCCAUUUUUAUGAAAUCUUUACUAACUUUUUUUAUGAUCUUAUUUAGAUAUUCGCCAAUUUCACGAAGUAACUAUAAAUAAUAAUGUUGUCACGGCUUUGUCACAUUUAUUGGAAAUUAUUAUUCUUUUUCCUUUCAUUAAGAAAUUUUUUCAGUGGUAUGCAGAUGGGAAAAUAACAAAAGACCGUUUUACAGAAUGUUUUGUUAAUAAUUCAUUCACACCUGUUUGGCAGAUGGCGAGAAAAUGGACGAAUAUUGAAAAAAGCCUAAAACUAAAAAUGAUUGAUCAUUUUUGGAACAUAUUCGAUUCAGAUUCAAAUGGAACAAUCGAUUUUGAAGAAUUCGUAACAACUUGUGCUAAGUUGAAUUCUGAAGAUACUGAUCCAACUGAACUAUUAGAACUUGUCUUUGAAAUGGCCGAUUUAUCCAAUGAUGGUCAUAUAACAGUAGAUGAACUUACAAAACUUUUUAGUUCGUUCAAAACAGCAGACAAAACAGAACCACGAAAAUUGGCUAGACAAAUUACGUACGAACUUGAUGUAGAUACUGAUAAAAAAAUAUCAAAAACUGAAUUUAUUAACGGUUGUAUGGAAAAAGAAGAAGAUCUUCUACCUUUAUUUUACGACAUCUUGGGACGAACAAAUAAAACUACAGAUGAUGAGGAAGAAACUGACAGCGAAAAAUAUGAUGAAGGAGAAGAUCAAACCAAAAAAGGUGAUAAGGAAGAAAGACGAUUAUCAACAGAGUAUGACACGCCAACACAACAACAAGAAUUAGAUGAAGAAAAACGUCCAGCAACAAAGUCAGCAUCUUCUGACAAUAUUCAUAUAACAAAAGAUAUAACAGACAGACAAGUUCACUUGUUACACAGAAGAACAAUGAUGAAAAAAGCAGGUAAUUAG